GUUUGGUUUUCUGAUCAGUUUGAGGUCAGUUCCCGAGAAGUAUAGUCGUGGUCCAAAUAGGUCUACAUUAUCAAAAUGAAACUCGUACUGUUUGUCGUUUGUGCGAUGAUUUUGGCAGCAUAUGCUGAAGUCUUUUCCAUUGACGAUCUGUUGAGGGCUUAUGACAUCUCCCACAAUAAAAUAGAUGGAGAUUCAGUGAAGAUGGCAACGGAGGCUCUCUACAUACCAAUGAGUUUACGAGCGUGCACAAGUGGUGCGUGUAAUUUCGUCUGUAAAUUUCUCGGCUACAAAUAUGGAACCUGCGUUUCAGCUGAAACCUGUCGUUGCUAUAGUUAAACUAUUAGACAUUAUGCCUUUCUCAUUAUAUCCCUUUUUUAAACUUCGCACUAUGUUUACUGUUCUUUGAUUAAAAUUACAUUUGUAUUA